GUUCAAAUGGGUGUGGAGGAGCGGACAAGCGAGAGGGGAGGGAGGAGAGGCAGACAUCGACACCUAGGCAGUGGCAGUUAUAUCCACAAGACGAGAGGGGAUAGACGUUUCUCAAUGGAGUGCGUAUUUUGAACCAUAGCCUGUACAAGGACCUCAGAGUGGAAAAAAUAUUUUGCAAUCCGGCGUUGAUCGUGCAGCUGCGGGAAGGGAAAAUUGCGCGCAAGGAAUAAACAUGGCCCCAAGUCUAUAUCUCCACGGGGCCUUGGCUGUGUUUUGUGUGACUCUAACCUGCAAUGGAUUUAAUAUAGACUCACGGUUUCCAGUUAUCAAAGAAGGGAAAACCAAGGGCAGUUUCUUUGGAUUUGCUGUUGCCUUACACAAACAGACGGAAGGGUCCACGAAAUACCUUCUCCUGUCAGGAGCACCCAAGGAGAAAGCCCUGGCUCUGAGGAACGUCAAUGAGACGGGCGCCAUCUACUCCUGUCCUGUCACCACAGAGCUUAACGACUGUGAAAGGAUGGACUUGGUCAGCUCCACGGACUCGUCUGAGAUGGUGGAGGGGAUGUGGCUGGGAGUGACUGUGGCCAGCCAGAGAGACCUGCCAGGGGGUCGAGUGCUGGCUUGUGGGCAUCGCUACGUGAAGGUGGUGCGGGGUGGUGCGGAGGAGCAGCUGCGGAUGGUGGGGAAGUGCUACGUCAGGGGCAAUGACCUGACCUUCGACCCCAACGACGAAUGGCAGGACCACAGCUAUGAGGUGUGCAACCCCAACUUCGACAUGGAGCUGGAGGGCUUGUGCAACAUGGGCAUCUCGGGGGGCAUGACCGACACGGACGUCUACAUCGGCUCUGUGGGCAGCUACGUGUGGCAAGGCAACGUUCAUGUAACGUGGAGAGACCCUGAUCCAGGAAACGCAUGGGACUCAAUUGACAAAGACUUUGGGCAACUGAACAGACGAUACGGCUACAUGGGUUACUCUGUCAAUGAGGACAAGAAGCUGCUGAGUCAAGACUACUUCACGGUAGUGACGGGGUCUCCCAGAGAUGAAUCCAAGGGCUCAGUGAUGCUGGCUAAGAAGGGCAACACAGCGUUGGUGACCAAGUUCAUCAUCCCAGGAGAACAAGUGGGCUCGUACUUUGGGAACAGCCUAGCUGUCACCGACCUCAACAAUGACAACUGGAAUGACCUGAUCGUAGGUGCCCCAUUCUACUUUGACCGUCAGAAGGAGGAGGGAGGAGCGGUGUACGUCUUCAUGAAUGAGAACGGCUCUUUCCAGAAGACACCUAGCAUGGUACUGAAGGGUCCUACGGCAUCUGGUUUUGGAUUCGCCGUGGCAGCCAUUGGCGACGUCAACCAAGAUGGAUUCCAAGACUUUGCAGUAGGAGCCCCAUUCCAUGAGACUGGGAAUGUCUACAUCUGGAUGGGAAGCAAGAAGGGAAUCUCUGAGGAGCCUAGUCAGGUUAUUGAGGGGAAGUCAGUGGGUAGUGGUGGGUUCCAGACCUUUGGCUAUUCCAUCAGUGGAGGUAUGGACAUGGAUGAGAACAGUUACCCUGACCUCCUGGUUGGUUCUCUGGAUGACCGCAUCGCUCUGCUCAGGGCUCGUCCAGUUAUCCAUCUCUCUAAGAACUUCACCGUGCUGCCAGAGAUUGUGGACCCUAACCUUUGUCCCCGUGGAAACAAAUCCUGUGUGACUGUGACAGUGUGUUUCUCCUACACACUCAGCAAUGGAAACAAAGAUUUCAAGAAAAACAUCAUGGUGAAGUACACAGUGGAAGCCGACAUGCAUCGCCGGAGCCCUCGAGUUCUCUUCCUUGUCAAUAAGCUUGCCACCUACACAGGCCUCCUUACCAUGCCAUCUCCCAAGACCGAGUGUCAGGUGCUGGAGCUCAGACUAGAGGAUCCUGUGAGGGACAAACUAGAGCCGGUGGUUUUCUCCCUCAACGUGUCCCUGGAUGAGCAGAAACCCAAAGUUAGAAAGGCCCUGCAGAACCUGGACUCCUACCCUGUACUGAGCCACAAACAGAAAGUGACUGAGAGGAAAGAGAUCAACUUCCAGAAGGAGUGUGGCUCAGACAACAGGUGCACCAGUAACCUGCAGCUAACAGCUGUGUUUGCGAACGAGUUACUGAAGCCUUACCCCAGUCAGGGGAAACGCCAAUUGCUGCAGUACAGCAGUAAUGUGAAAAAGGUGGUGCUACUUGUGGAGAUAACUAACGUGCCAGGCCCUGGGAAGGUAGCUGAGGACGCCCACCAGGCCAUGCUCAACAUCUCCACCCCCUCCACGCUCCGUUACUCUGGCGUGCGCUCCCAUGAUACUGGUGUAGAAUGCCGUGCUGGAGAGACUGUUAUGUGUGAGCUGGGGAAUCCACUGAGGAGCAAUGAGAAGGUCUCUCUGCAGCUCAUCUUUGAAACAACAGGGAUCAACCUCCAAACCAGGGAGAUUGAGUCUCAGUUGCUGUUGUCCACGUUGAGUGAGCAGAAUGACCUGUACCCGGUGUCUGUAGCUCUGUUGAUAGAGACCUCCAUCCAGACCUCCUUCUCCAUAGAGAAUCCCCUGGUCCAGACCUACUUCAGCGGGGAGGUGAUGGGAGAAUCAGCUAUGAACACGACCAGUGACGUGGGCAGUCUUGUGGAAUACACCUUCAAGGUGUCAGUGGAGGGAGAGCCUCUGGGGGCGCUGGGGAUCCUGGCCGUAGAGUUUGAGUGGCCCUUCGAGGUGACCAGUGGGAAGUGGCUUCUCUACCUGACUGAGAUCGUCACCAAGGGGACAACUGAGACCCACUGUGUCCCCCCAGGGGACAUCGUCAAUCUUCUCAACCUCACAUUGUCCAAGAACAGGAGCAAACGUCCCAAGCGAGCGGUGGAGGGCGAACACCCUCACAUCAUCGAGCCACAGGCUGUCCUUACCGUGCUGACUCCUCGUAAAGAGACCUACCUACUGGAUUGUUCAAAGUGGACAGCCCGCUGUGUGACUUUCACCUGUCCCUUGAUCAACAUGUCUACCUCUGCCAAGAUCAUUGUGAGGUCACGGGUGUGGAACAGCACUAUGCUAGAGGACUAUAAAAAUGCUUUGAGGAUCAAGGUUAGAGGUCAGGCCACACUGAAACUUGUGACGGACAACCCCACCAUCAAGAUGGAAAAUGAGACCAGAGAGUUUAUAGUGGACAUUGACCCAGUCCUUGGGGUGGAAACACCUUACGAGGUUCCCCUGUGGAUCAUCAUCGUUGCUGUGGUAGCAGGAAUCCUGCUGUUAGGAGUCAUCAGCAUCAUACUGUGGAAGUGUGGCUUCUUCAGGAGGGCCAGCAGGAGGGAGAUGUACGAGGCCAAAGGCCAGAAGGCUGAGAUGAAGAGCCAGCCCUCAGAGACGGAGAGGCUGACUGAGGACUACUGAGACAGGAGAGGCCCCCAAUGAGGGGCCAUGCUACACUCCACUAGGGCGCCUGGCUUGGCUUCUUCAAGCGGGCCAUCUACUACCGGAUUAUGCCAAAGUACCAUGGAGUGAAAAUCCGUAAGGAGGAACGCUACCAGUUUAACAUGGGCUUCCAGCCAGAGGAUCCAGACAAGAAGUACUGGAUCACCAACUGGACAGAGAUGCAACGUUACUACUACUGAAACCCUGACCUAUGACCCUGAACUCUGAACUCUUGACCUCUGCCAAAGUUCAGGAGCAUUGUGACGGAAGGACACAAGGGUUUUUGGGAUGUCACACAACUUGGAGGGCACAGCACACAGACCAAUUGUGAAUACUGAUCACUGACCACAUUGAUUCUGGAACCUUUCUCCUCUGUAGAUUUCAUCAAAAUAUUUUUUGGUUCUUUUUUUUGUGCAACAUGCCAAAUAUUCUGUUUCAGAAAUUGCAAUGUUUAAAGUAUUUUGAUGAAAGCAGUGUUGUACAUUGAAAGAGUGUUUAAAAAUCCCAGUUUGGUUGUAAAUUUGAUUUAUUUUCCUACCACUGCAUAUUUAAGUACUGAAAAAAAAAAAAAAAACUUUGCAUGUAUAUUUCUCUUCCAUAUGAUCUAUCUGCAAGUUCCUGAGCAAAGUAGUUUUUUUGUCGUCACUGUUUAUUUUUUAAAAUCAGGUGAACGAGUCUGUAGAGAGUCUGUAAAAAUUCUUAGUGAAUGUACUGUUCCUUUCAUAUCUCUUUGUUUUAGAAUGUCCCUGAUUGUCAGUGGUUUAGCGAUGACGUCAUUACAACAGUAGUUUGGGAGAUUAUUUUGAACUGUGCAGAGCUUUAUUAAUCAUCAGGAUGACUUUUAUGACAGAACAAUGACAGUGCCUUAAAAGAGAUCGAUUCAGUGAUUACACUUUGACAGGGCCUUCAGGAAGUAUUCAAUACCCCUUGACUUAUUCCACAUGUUGUUGUGUUACAAUGCUUGAAAUCAAAAAUGGAUUAAAUAAAUAAAUAAGUCUCACGCAUCUACUCACAAAACCCCAUUAUGACAAAGGGGAAACAUCUUUUUAGAAAUGUUUGCUAAUAUAUUGAAAAUUAAAUACAGUAAUAUCUCAUUUACAUAAGUAUUCCCACCCCUGGGUCAAUACAUGUUAGAAUCACCUUUGGCAGUGAUUACAGCUGUAAGUUUUUCUGGGUAAGUCUCUAAGAGCUUUGCACACCUGGAUUUUACAAUAUUUGCACAUAAUUAUUUUUUUUAUUCUUCAAGCUCUGUCAAGUUGGUUGUUGAUCACUGCUGGACAGCCAUUUUCUAGUCUUGCCAUAGAUUUUCAAGCCGAUUUAAGUCAAAACUGUAACUAGGCCACUCAGGAACAUUCAAUGUCGUCUUGGUAAGCAACUCCAGUGUAUUAUGUCUUAGGUCAUGUGCUUAGCUCUAUUCCGUUUCUUUUUAUCCUAAAAAAAACUCCCUAGUGCUUGCCGAUGACAAGCAUACCCAUAACAUAACAAAAAAAGAUGUGGUACUCAUGGAUGUGUUGUUUUCGUUUACCCGAAACAUAACGUUUCGUAUUCGGGACAUACAUUUCAUUUCUUUCCCAAUUUUUCUGCAAUUUUACUUUAGUGCCUUAUUCCAAGCACAAUGCAUGCUUUGGAAUAUUUUUUAAAAUUCUGUACAGCCUUCUUUUCACUCUGUCAUUUAGGUUAGUAUUGCGGAGUAACCACAUUGUUGUUGAUCCAUCCUCAGUUUUCUAUCACAGCCAUUUAACUCUGUUUUAAAGACACGAUUGGCCUCAUGGUGAUAUCUCUGAGCAGUUUUCUUCUUCUCCGGGCAAACUGAGUUAUGAAGUACGCCUGUAUCUUUGUAGUGACUGGAUAUGGUACACCAUCCAAUGUGUAAUUAAUAACUUCACCAUGCUCAAAGGGAUAUUCAAUGUCUGCUUCUUUAAAUUUUUUACCCAUCUACUAAUAGGUGCCCUUUGCUAGGCAUUGGAAAACCUCCCUGAUCUUUGUGGUUGAAUCUGUGUUUGAAAUUCACUGAUUGACUGAUGGACCUUACAGAUAAUUGUAUGUGUGGGGUACAGAGAUGAGGUAGUCAUUCAACAAAUUUCACGUUGAACACUAUUAUUGCACACGGAGUGAGUCCAUGCAACUUAUUAUGUGACUUAAGCAAAUGUUUACUCCUCAACUUAUUUAGAGUGCCAUAACAAAGGGGUUGAAUACUUGUUGACUCAAGAAAUGUCAGCUUUUCAUGUCUUAAAACAUAAUUCCACUUUUACACGAUGUGGUAUUGUGUGUAGGACAGUGACACAAAAUCUCAAGUUAUUCCAUUUCAAGCUGUAACACAACAAAAUGUGGAAAAAGUCAAGGGGUGUGAAUACUUUCUGAAGGCAUUGUAUGUCUGUAGAUUGCAUGCAGUACUCUCCAGUGCAAGAUCAAGCAGUAUAAUGUUGGUGCAUUGCAAACAGGAACCUUGUAUCUGCACAGCUUUAGACAUAGCAUAUUUUCAGGGUUUAAAGUUAGAGUUUAAAGUCACUGUUGUUUCCAGUAGAUCUUGGAUGGACAGAAAGCACAUUACAGAAGGGAAACAAGAAAAACAAGUUGUAUGAAAGCAGAUUAGCGUUUUUCGUCAUGGACGUCUUGUUCUGGAGGCUGCUCUGCAGAGUGGACACUAGCUAAUGACUUCCGGCGCCGACAGAGAUGGCCGCCUCGGUUACACGCAUUUCGCUAUACUCGCAUUAACAUCUGCUAACCAUGUGUAUGUGACAAAUAACAUUUGAUUUGAUUUGAGCUUGCACAGCCACAAAGUCAUCAAAUCGGAAUUUAAACAAAAAGCUCAUUUUUGUUUUCAUUAUUUUUUACAAUAUAGCAAAUUUCGACUUUGUAGCUGCCUCCAGGACAAGACAUUUAGCUGCGGUAUGAAAUGGCAGUACAUACUGUAUGUGACCCUACUGGCCCUAUCCAUCCUCUGCGUAUCUGCUUCUCACAAUGGCUCCUAAGCACUCCAGCAAGACAUAGAAUAGCCUAGUGGUUGCUUGUUUUUAUGCUCCAUCUUUGAAACAAGCCAAUAUUCGGUGGUGGGAUGGGAUGGUUGUAGUGCACUUGAACUGUGAGUGGCCGACGAGAGAUGAACUCUUCCCUAAAUUAGGAUUUAUUUCACUGAACUGUGUGAUUUUACGACAGUAGAGCGCCGGUGCGGUUGUUCUUGAUGUAAUCAUAUAGAGGGAGUCGUAACACUGAACUUAAUGUAUAGGUCUUUGGCCUGAUUACUGUACAUGACAGCAAUGUCAGCGGGCUACAGACACUACACUUAGGGCCAUAUUCAAUCCGUAUUGUGGAAAUUCAGCGUUACAGCGUGAUUUGAAUUUAAAGGCAAUUCUCCCGCGUUAGCGGAGACUGCAUUCACGGUAAAUGCUGUACCACACAGUGUACUGUAGAUUGUGAGCGUGAACAACGGGAUUUGAUGUAUUCAUAUUCUCGUUGUAAGUUACCCUGUGACUGCUCAAAUGGAAUGACUGACUGUUUGAAUGACUGCAUUUCUCCUGAAUCAUUUACAUUGUAACAUUUUACUUGCGUAGUUUCUUCCAUCGUUCAUUACUGUGCUUCAUAUUGUGAAGUUAUGUGGAAUGUUUGGUGUGCGGCAGAGCAUUUCUUGUUGUGGUCAACCGGCAUAACUAAUGCCCACAGAGCAUUUCUUGUUGUGGUCAACCGGCAUAACUAAUGCACACAGAGCAUUUCUUGUUGUGGUCAACCGGCAUAACUAAUGCCCACAGAGCAUUUCUUGUUGUGGUCAACCGGCAUAACUAAUGCCCACAGAGCAUUUCUUGUUGUGGUCAACCAGCAUAACUAAUGCCCACAGAACAUUUCUCAGUAUACAGAGAGUAGACAGCUACUGGAGUGGUUACACAACUGUCUGUCAGCACACCAAAUGGCACCCUAUUCCCCACGUAGUGCAUUACUUUUGACAGUGGUGGAAAG